AUGUCAACAACUCAAAAUAAAGAAGAAUAAUUCCACUUUAAUGCAGAUAUUCAACAAUUGAUGGGUCUCAUCAUUAAUACAUUCUAUUCAAAUAAGGAAAUCUUCCUCAGAGAACUAAUUUCAAAUGCUUCUGAUGCUCUAGAUAAAAUCAGAUACAAAUCUAUUACAGAUCCAGAUAGUGCAGGAUUAAAUGUUGAACCUAAUUUCAAAAUUAAAAUUAUUCCAGAUAAAAAUAAUAACACUUUAACUAUUUAAGAUACUGGUAUUGGUAUGACAAGAGAUGAAUUAAUUAAUAAUCUUGGUACAAUUGCUAAAUCUGGAACAAAGGCAUUUAUGGAAGCACUUAAUUCUGGAGCUGAUAUUUCUAUGAUUGGACAAUUUGGUGUUGGUUUCUAUUCUGCUUAUUUAGUAGCAGAUAAAGUAGUUGUACUUUCAAAAGCAGUUGGUUAAUAAUAAUAUAGAUGGGAAUCAUAAGCUGGUGGAACAUUCUUUAUCUAUGAUGAUAGUGAGAAUCCUAAUUAAUUAACAAGAGGAUCAUCUGUUAUUCUUCAUCUUAAAUAGGAUAAUUUAGAAUUUUUGGAGGAAAAGAGAAUUAAAGAUUUAGUUAAGAAACACUCAGAAUUUAUUGGAUUCCCUAUUGAAUUGUAAAUUGAAAAAACUCAUGAGAAAGAAGUUAGUGAUGAUGAAGAAGAUAAUAAAGAAAAGAAGACAGAAGAGGGAGAAGUUUAAGAGGAGAAGAACAAAGAUGAGAAAAAAAAGAAAAAGAAGAUUAAAGAAGUUACUACUGAAUUUGAAUAAGUUAAUAAGAAUAAACCUUUGUGGAUGAAAAAACCAGAAGAAAUAACAAAAGAAGAGUAUGCAAACUUUUACAAAUCUUUAACAAAUGAUUGGGAAGAUCAUUUAAGUGUUAAAUAGUUUUCAGUUGAAGGUGGUUUAGAAUUCAAGGCUGUACUAUUUAUUCCUAAAAGAGCACCUUUUGAUUUGUUUGAAACUAAAAAGAAAAAGAAUAAUAUCAAAUUAUAUGUUAGAAGAGUUUUCAUUAUGGAUGAUUGUGAAGAAUUGAUUCCAGAAUAUUUAGGAUUUAUCAAAGGAGUUGUAGAUUCAGAAGACUUACCAUUAAAUAUUUCAAGAGAAUUCUUAUAACAUAAUAAAAUAUUGAAAGUAAUUAAAAAGAAUAUUACUAAAAAAUGUAUUGAAAUGUUCUAAGAACUUUCAGAAAAUGCUGAAGACUAUAAAAAAUUCUAUGAAUAGUUCUCAAAAAAUAUUAAAUUAGGUAUUCAUGAAGAUUCUGCUAACAGAACUAAAUUGGCUGAAUUCUUAAGAUUCCACACUUCAAAAAGUGGAGAAGACUAAAUUUCUUUAAAAGACUAUAUUAGUAAAAUGAAAGAAGGAUAAAAAGAUAUUUAUUUCAUAACAGGUGAAUCAAAAGCUUCUGUAGGUGCUUCUCCAUUUGUUGAAAGUUUAAAGAAGAAAGAUUAUGAAGUAAUUUAUAUGGUUGAUCCUAUUGAUGAAUAUGUAAUUUAAUAGUUAAAAGAAUUUGAAGGAAAGAAAUUGAAGAAUUGCAGUAAGGAAGGAUUAGAAUUAGAUUAAACUGAAGAUGAGAAGAAGAAAUUUGAAGAACUUAAAUCAUAAUUUGAAGGACUAUGCAAAUUAAUAAAAGAUAUUCUAGGUGAUAAAAUAGAAAAAGUGUAAUUAGGAUAAAGAUUAGAAUAAUCUCCUUGUGUUUUAGUAACAGGUGAAUAUGGAUGGUCAGCUAAUAUGGAAAGAAUUAUGAAAGCUUAAGCAUUAAGAGAUCCAUCAAUGAGUAGUUACAUGAUGUCUAAGAAAACAUUAGAAAUCAAUGCAUCUCAUCCAAUAAUGACUGAAUUGAAAAAGAAAGCAGAUAAAGAUAAGAGUGAUAAAACUGUUAAAGAUCUUAUUUGGUUAUUGUAUGAGACAGCUUUAUUGACUUCAGGAUUUAGUUUAGAUGAUCCAGCACAUUUUGCUAGUAGAAUUCAUAAGAUGAUAAAAUUGGGAUUAUCUAUAGAUGAUACAACAAUUGAAGAAGAAGAUGAAAAAUUACCAAGUUUAGAAAAGAAAAGUGAAACAGCCAAUACUGAAGCUACCAAAUCAAAAAUGGAAGAAGUAGAUUGA